UUGUCAUUUCAUUGUUGCAACUGGCGAUUUAUAUGAUUUUUAAGUUUUGAAAUGGCUUAAUUGUGGUUUUUAAAAAUUAGUUGGAAGCAUAAUUAACUAGUAUUAGAAUUAUAUGGAAGAAGAACAUUCUCAUUAUACAAGUAAAAACCACUUUGUUCAUAAAUUUUUAAUAGAUACGUUUGCAACGUGAAAUACAAACUAACCUCUAAAUUUAACAAUGUUUAAUUCAUCAAAAACAUCAGAAUCUCCGCGAAAGUUAAAUAAUAGCCUUCUCAGUGUCAAUGAGGAAACUGUAAAUGAAACAUCAAGAUCAUUCGCAUUUCCAAAAAUUACAUCUACACCUAGAAAUAGCAUUUUUGCUACACCACCCAAAUCUCUUGUUUUAACUCCUCGACGAUAUUCACUAUCUGAAAUUGCAACACCUCCAAGAAAUAAUAGAAGAGAAUUGAUUCGAUCGAAUUCGUCCCAAAGUCCUCCUGGACCACUGCUGGCAUCUACAAAAUAUAAUAUAAAUGUUAGCACAUUCGAAGAUGUCAAAAGUCCAGGUCUCGCCAAUCGCAUUGUUCAAUAUAACGAAGAAGCUGAAAGUGAAAAAGAUCAAAGACGGCACGCUACACAUCAAACUAAAUAUGGAAGUUUAGGACUCUUUCCUGUUGUGCAUCUGUUCAAAAAGAAAUUACCUUUACUGGAGCAAAAACGCAGACAAGUUACUGUUAGAGUUGCAAGUCCAGACUACAUGAAACAUACUCCUGAAUAUAAUAGAAGAAUUUUUGAUGGAAUAGUAAAACCAAGUGGAAACGUCCUGAGAAGCCCCCAUUCUAGUUUUUCAGAAAAUCCCACAAGUACUAGGAGUGUGUUAGAUGCAUUAAAGGAAAUAUCUAGGAAGAGAAUACAUGCUAAUGAGGAAUUAGAAUUACGAGGAGAAACUGGUAAAAGAAUACGAACCGAGAGUGAAGAUUGCGUAGAUUCGAACAAAAGGGUGAGAGAUGACUCACCACUUUUGGAAACCACCAGUCCUACGAGACAAGUUUCCAAAAAAAUUUGCAUGUAUGAUGAAUACGCAGCUUCACGUUCUUCGAUGGACUUUUUACGGAAACCUGAAUCUUUAGUACCCAAGAGGAAGUCCAUAAGCAUAAGUACAAUAACAGAAAAUUCCAAGGAUUCCAAACAAGUUAAACUUAUUAACGCCGAAACGCAAACCAUAGCAGAAGAAGAACCAAAUAAAAUAGAAUCAAAAGAAGAUGACAAUAACAAAGACAUUGAAAAUGAAAAAUCAGAAAAAGUAGAAACAGUACUAAAAGUUUUUGAUGAUGCUCCCUUAGAAAGGAUAAGAAAAAACCGAUUAGCCGCUCUUAUGGGCACUUUAGUCGGAAAAGACCCUGUUUUGGAACCAAAACCUGAUUAUUCGAGUAUAUUAGAAGAUGAAACUGAUAAAUCAGAAGCUGCAGAUAAACUAGAUAAGCCUUUAGUAUCCAUUUUAACGCCCACGAACAAAUCUCCAAUUAAAAACGAUAAACAUGUUCGCUUUAAUAUCCCUGAAAGUAUUUCUCAAAAUAGUAACACUGUAACUAGUACAGAAAAAAUAAUUACUGAAACUACUGAUACUGUAGAAAACAAAAAAGUAGAAGAUGUUGCUUCUCCAUUACUAAGCACCGAUUCAAUGCCAGUUAUUAGUGUUGCUUCAGCUCCAAUUAUCGUUUCUACAGCAUCCCUCCCAUUUAAUCCUAAAUCUACUUCCAAUUCCUUUCCUUCAUUAUUUCCAAAUAAACCAGAAGUUCAAAGUACUACUACUAAUGUCGCCGACUCAUCUAAACCUUCUGUUGUUACGUCUUCUAUCACCACAUCCAGUCCCCCAAAAGUUGGAGGAUUCAAAUUUGAUAUUGCCAAACCUGCCUCUACUGUCACUAACUCAAAUAGUUUUAUGUAUGAUUCAAAAAACAACAGUACUACUAGUAUAUCAUCGUUUGGUACUUCUUUAGUUAAUGCUACUGUCCCAUCUAAUAACAAAGCAGAAACAAAAAUGAACAAUGCUGGAGAGGCUUUUCCAAAAAUGACUUCUCCUUUUGCCAGUAAAGUUGGGGAUACCACUGGGCCAAUUGGUAAACCUAGUUUUUCGUUUGGUCCUGUUUCUACUGCACCAUCUAGUAAUUCUUUUAAUAUUGAUGUGACAAAAACUGCUUCUGCACCUGUGAGCAACAGUACUGCUUCACCUAUUUUAUUUGGAACUACAUCAUCUACAAACGUUGGUUUUAGUACAGUAACUACUUCUGCUAAAACUAGUUUUAGCACUUUUACUUCUGUAGCAAAUAAAAAUUUGAUCACUAGCCCUUCUGUCGUCGCUAGUAAUUUUAGUGGUACAUCUGCUUCGGCUCAACCUAGUUUUGGUACUACUUUAACUUCUGUUAGUUCUUUUAAACCACCAUCCUUUGGAAAUGUAAAUACAACGAAUACUCCUAACUUCGGUAUGGCAAACUCAGCAGCAAGUGCUCCAUCUUUUGGCAUUGCAAACACAACAAGUGCUCCAACUUUUGGUAUAGCGAGCACCACAACUGCUCCUACUUUUGGUAAUAUAAAUACAACAAAUAGUGCUGCUUUUGGAAUUGGAAACAAUACAAAUACUGGAGGAUUCGUUACUAAUCCAACAUUUGGAAACUCAAAUGCUCCUAGUAAUAUUGGAUUCGGUGCCAGCGCAACUCCUGUUAACAGUGGUUUUGGUACCUCUACAAAUGUAGGUGGUUUUGGUAUGUCUGCAACUCCUGUUGGUUUCGGUACUCCUACAACUUCUAGUGGUUUUGGCACUCCUACAACAUCUGGCGGUUUUGGUACUCCCACAAGCUCUGCUGGUAAUAACUUUGGCAGUUCCACGACUCCCGGUUUUGGUCCUUUUACUACUUCAGCUAGUAAUAUGUUUGGAAUAUCUACACCUACCACUUCCAGUGCCGGUUUUGGCACUAAUGUGGCCACAGCUUUAAAACCUAUGACGAAUUCUUCAUUUACCUCUCCUAAUGUUAAUAGUGGUUUUGGUACUUCUGUCACUUCUGGAAAUGGAUUCAGUGCCCCUAUUACUACCGGCGGUGGAUUUAAUGCCGGCAAUUUUGGUACUUCUACCAAUUCAGCCACGUUUGGAACCACCACGACUGCUGCAUUCGGUUUUGGAGCUACUAAUACUACUUCUGUUAGUACCUUUGGAGCACCGCCUCCUACUACGACGGUUAAUACAGGAUUUGGUACUAGUAAUACUGGAUUUGGGGCAAAUUCAGGAUCAUUAUUUGGUAACCCAAAUAUGCCCAGUUUCGGUGGUUCAUCAAAUACUCCUUCCUUUGGAAGUACCAGCUCCGGAUCUUUUUCUGAUGCAGCAUUUGGAGCCGUUACCACCACCAGUUCAGUUUUUGGUCCUACUUCGACCACAACUCCAUCAUCGUUCACGAAUGACAGUAAUAACAAGAUUUUUGGGGGACCAGCUGCAACUUUCGGUACACCUACAACAAGUUCUAUGUUUGGAACGACGCAGAGUCCGUUUGGCGGCGCUGUUACGACCACCGCUUCUUCGGCACUUCCUUUUGCUUUCAAUGCUAAAACGACAGCAAACACCACUUUUGGAAUCACCAACACCACAUCUUCGUUUGGUUUCGGUUCGAGUACGGCUGGUUUUGGUAAUCAACAGUCUUCUAGUUUUGGAGCGCCAAAUAAGGCGCCGGUAUUUGGUAAUAGCAACGUACCCGCUUUUGGAGGAAGUACUACUGCUACAGCUGGAUUCGGUACCACUACGCAACAGCAACCCUUUGGUUCUACAGGUUCUGUCUUCAAUAAACCACAAUCUCCCCCCAAUACAUUUGGAUCUGGACAACAAUUCUCCUUUGUUCAACAACAAAAUAACACAAACAAUUUUGGAACGAAAACACCAAAUCAGUCGGCAGGGGUAUUUACGUUUGGUCCAGCGCCAGCAGAAAAACCGGGAGGUUUCAAUUUCGGUCCAACAGACACCCCAAAGAAAUUCGAUUUUACCGGCGCCCCGGCAGCAGCGCCGCCAGCAUUCGGCGCUUCUUUCGGCAACGUGACGGCGCCGGCGGUACCGAACUUUGGAGCUGCAGCGCCGCCCGCCGCUGCCGGAGGUUUCAGCAUAGGAGCAGGACCUCCUGCUUCCAACCGACCUAGGCCUAUGAUCAAAGGCAAAAGGAGGACUUGAUUGGCGAAGAAUUUCUAAUAAUAAUUUUUAUUUUGUGAGACUAUAGGGCAAUUGGUUAUUGCAGUUGGAAUGGUAAAAUUUAUUUGACUUUCUGGAAACAAUUGACGAAACGGUUUUCUAAAUUAGUAUCGAUUUUAAUGCUAUUACAGAGUAAGUCAUUUGCAGACUAAAAAUUAAAUGUACAAGAGUUAUAACAAUAAAAUAUAAUGUUAAUUUUUGCGUGACUGGUUACUUUUAGAUUCCAAAUUAAUAAUUUUGUAAAAAUUUCUAUUUAAAAAAUGUUAUAAUUUUAAAAUAUACAUUUCUACAGAAUAUUUUAUGGGUCAAACAAGGUACCUUUAUUAAUUUUUAUUAUUAAAAGGAACACCGUGUGAAUUAAGAUUAUAUUUGUAAAUUUCGAAGAAACCUUGUUAAUAGUAAAAAAUUAAUGAUAUUUUUUCAAUUUAAACUAUUUUAACAUUAUGGUGAACUUUUUUUUGUUUAUCUUCAAUUCUGGAAGAACCCAUAGUUAAAAAAAGUAGUAAAUAAAUAAAAUUAUCGAAUAAUUGGAUUUCACUUUUCAGUAACAUUAACGAUCAUGGUGUUCUAUUGAUAAUACUAAAACCUUUUGUUUUUAUACCAAUAUAAUAAUAAAAAAACAAUGUAUAAAUGUUAUUUUUUUUUAUAAUAAAUAUUAUGUGUUAGGUUAAUUCUAUUCCAUAUUCAAAGCAGUAUCAAUAAUGUAAUAUCUUUUUUUUUGUAAAUUAUAGCUUUAUUGAAUUUUAUGUUAGGCGCAAAACAACAUUAUUGAUAUUGAAAUACAUUGUAGUUAUUUUUUUAACUUGUAGUGUAGCCUUCUUACACUGGUAGUAGCAUACAUGGAAUUUUUUUAUAUUAGAAAUAUGCGAUGUAAGCAUGAUGUAUUUUUUGAAAUAAACAUUUCUUUUUAAGUUUAGUUAAUGAGUAAUAUGAUUGUGAUAUAUAGGCUAAAAUGUAUAUUAUUAUUAUUAUCAUGCUUGCUGAAGCAUAAAUGUUGAUUUGUAUUGGUAAAACAAAAAAAAAACCUUUUAUACAAAAUAUUUUAAUUGUUUUUAGUCUAGUG